AUGAGCCUGCUCUCACGUGUUUCGAAUGCCAUGCAGCGCAUUGCUCCGCUGAGCCUGGCUGCUUUGGAAUGGGACAAUGUCGGAAUCCUGCUAGAGGCUGCCAAGCCGCGGCCCGACGCCAAGCGCGUGCUUCUGACGAUCGAUUUGACGACGACUGUGCUGGCCGAAGCGCUGGAGGACCCGAGCGUGGGCGUGAUCGUCUCGUACCACCCACCAAUCUUCUCUGCGUGGAAGUCGCUCUCGAUGGGCAACCUGAAACAGAACCUGGUCCUGCAGUGCGCGGCCAACGGCGUGUCGAUCUACUCGCCGCAUACCUCCCUCGACAGCUGCGCAAACGGCGUCAACGACUGGCUUGCGUCCCUUAUCGGGCCUGGCACUGUGACGCCCAUCACGCCCGCGCAGCCUGACCGCACUGGCGGCCAGGAGAACGUGGGCGAGGGCCGCAUCCUGCAGCUGGCUGAGCCGAAACCCCUGAGCACCAUCAUCGGCGAGAUCAAGAAGGGGCUGAAGCUGGAGCAUAUCCGCGUGGCGCGUGCGCCGUGCCAUGCUUCGGACGAGCAGAAGCUGAUUGAGCGCAUCGCCAUCUGUGCUGGGUCCGGCGCGUCGGUGCUGGGUCCAGUCACCGCUGACUUGUAUUUCACAGGCGAGAUGAGCCACCACGACGUUCUGGCGGCUGUGGCCAAGGACACGAGCUGUGUAUUGGCUGAGCAUACGAAUACAGAGCGGGGGUACCUGGGGCAUGUGCUGCAGGGACGGCUGAGCAAGGAGCUUGAGGUGGAUGAGUUUGACGGCCCGGUAGAUGUCGUUGUCAGCAGAUGCGACCAAGACCCAAUCCUCAUCGAGUAG